AUGAAAUCAAUUCAAUCUAUUUUAUCAAUCUUAUUUGUAGUUUUGGUCAUUGCAGUUUGUGUCCAAUCAAUGCAAAUCCAUCAAAACGAAAAGGAAAAAGACAGAAAGGAAGUUUGUGAAGCUUGUCGUUCCACUUAUGAAAUCGCCAAGAAAUGGUACAGAAAAGGUUUCUCCGAGAAUGAUGCCGCUAAACUCGUAAGAGAAAUAUGUCCAUUAAUGCAAGGAGCCACCAACGAAUGUUAUCAAAUGGCCGACCAAAUUAAUAGAUUUGACGAUUGUAUAAAGAGAAACACUGAUGCGGAACCAUGUUGUCGUGACAUGGGCUGGUGUCAUGCCUAA